AUGGCAACCACCUCGAACAUGUUUCUCUACUCCCUGACGGUCCAGCCGCCAACGAACGUCACGCUGGCCGUCCUGGGCCAGUUCGCUGGAACCAGGGAGCAAUACAUUAUCACCGCCUCUGGGUCGCGCAUCACCCUCGUGCGGCCUGAUGCCGCCCAAGGCAAGGUCGUCACUGUGCUUUCGCACGAUGUCUUCGGCAUCAUUCGGUCCAUGGCCGCCUUUCGUAUUGCCGGAAGCAACAAGGACUACCUCAUUCUCGCGACGGACUCGGGCAGGAUUGCCAUCAUUGAGUACCUCCCGGCGCAAAACCGAUUCCAACGUCUUCAUCUGGAGACUUUUGGCAAAUCUGGCAUUCGUCGCGUCGUGCCUGGCGAGUUUCUCGCCUGCGAUCCCAAGGGUCGAGCGUGCUUGAUUGCAUCGCUCGAGAAGAACAAGCUCGUCUACGUUCUCAACCGGAACUCCCAAGCCGAGCUCACCAUUUCUUCGCCCCUCGAGGCCCACAAGCCUGGCGUCCACGUACUGUCCAUGGUGGCACUGGACGUAGGCUACGCGAACCCCGUCUUCGCCGCGCUCGAAACAGACUACACCGAGGCCGACCAAGAUCCGACAGGACAGGCUGCUUUGGAUGUAGAGACCCAACUCGUUUACUAUGAAUUGGACCUUGGUCUGAACCACGUAGUACGAAAAUGGUCGGAGCCCGUCGACAAUACUGCUUCUCUCCUCUUCCAAGUUCCUGGUGGUAAUGAUGGGCCCAGUGGAGUUCUCGUCUGCGGAGAGGAAAACAUUACCUACCGACAUUCCAACCAGGAGGCUUUCCGGGUACCGGUUCCACGCAGGCGUGGCGCGACCGAGGACCCUUCGAGGAAGCGUAGCAUUGUUGCGGGAGUCAUGCACAAGCUGAAGGGCAGCGCCGGUGCCUUCUUCUUCUUGCUUCAGACGGAAGAUGGCGACCUCUUCAAGAUCACUAUCGAUAUGAUUGAAGACCGCGACGGCAAUCCUACGGGUGAGGUUAAGCGCCUCAAGAUCAAGUACUUCGACACCAUCCCUGUAGCGUCCAGCCUAUGCAUUCUCAAGAGCGGUUUCCUCUACGUUGCCAGUCAGUUCGGCAACUACCAGUUCUACCAGUUCGAGAAGCUUGGAGACGACGACGAAGAGCUGGAAUUCUCGAGUGACGAUUUCCCGACCGAUCCCAAGCAGUCGUAUGAGGCUGUGUUCUUCCACCCUAGGGAACUCGAGAACCUGGCACUGGUUGAGAGCAUCGAUUCGAUGAACCCUCUCAUCGACUGCAAGGUGGCCAACCUUACCGGCGAGGAUGCUCCUCAAAUCUACACAGCGUGCGGUAAUGGGGCAAGGAGCACAUUCAGAAUCCUCAAGCAUGGCCUGGAGGUGAAUGAAAUCGUCGCCUCGGAGCUUCCCGGCAUCCCCUCAGCUGUGUGGACUCUGAAGCUCAGCCGCGGCGACCAGUACGACGCGUACAUUGUGCUAUCUUUCACCAACGCCACGCUGGUCUUGAGCAUUGGAGAGACCGUUGAAGAAGUUAAUGACUCGGGUUUCCUGACCUCAGUACCAACUCUGGCUGCCCAACUCCUCGGUGGCGAAGGCCUGAUUCAGGUCCACCCAAAAGGCAUCAGACACAUCCGCAACGGUCAGGUGAACGAGUGGGCGGCCCCUCAGCAUCGAUCUAUCGUCGCUGCUACAACGAACGAGCACCAGGUCGCCGUCGCUCUGAGCUCUGGUGAAAUUGUCUACUUCGAGAUGGACUCGGACGGUUCCCUCGCUGAGUACGAUGAGAAGAAAGAGAUGUUUGGCACCGUCACAUGUUUGAGUUUGGGCGAGGUUCCUGAAGGCAGGCUCCGCAGUUCAUUCCUCGCAGUCGGCUGCGACGACAGUACUGUUCGAGUUCUCAGUCUUGACCCCGAAACCACUCUGGAGAGCAAAUCCGUGCAGGCUCUGACCGCUCCUCCCACAUCACUCGCGGUCAUAGCCAUGGAGGAUUCUUCCUCUGGCGGCUCAACACUUUACCUACACAUUGGUCUGCACUCCGGCGUCUACCUCAGGACUGUGCUUGAUGAAGUGACUGGCGAACUCACUGAUACGCGUCAGAAGUUCCUCGGUCCCAAGCCGGUCAAACUUUUCCAGGUCACAGUUCAAGGCCGAACUUGCGUUCUUGGCUUGAGCUCACGACCAUGGCUCGGCUAUGCCGACCCGAUCACCAAAGGAUUUGUCGUCACGCCGCUGAACUAUGUUGACCUGGAGUGGGGUUGGAACUUCAGCAGCGAGCAGUGCGAGGAAGGUGUCGUCGGUAUCCAAGGACAAUCUCUCAGGAUUUUCGCGAUCGAAAAGUUGAGCGACACCUUGACUCAGAAGUCAAUCCCUUUGACCUAUACACCAAGGCGAAUGGUCAAGCAUCCCGAACAUCCCAUGUUCUACACUAUUGAAUCGGACAACAACACGCUCCCACCAGAGCUGAGGGCACAGCUCCUCGCAGACCCCAGCGUGGUCAACGGUGAUGCGCGAACACUGCCGCCUGUAGAGUUUGGAUAUCCCAGGGCCAAGGGCCGUUGGGCUUCGUGCAUCAGCGUCAUCGACCCGUUGUCUGAAGAGCUCCAGACGCUACAGACUGUUGAUCUUGACAACAACGAAGCAGCAGUCAGUGCGGCCAUUGUCCCUUUCACAAGCCAAGACAACGAAAGUUUCCUGGUUGUAGGUACCGGCAAGGACAUGAUUGUCAACCCCCGACAGUUCACUGAGGGUUACAUCCAUAUCUAUCGGUUUAGCGAGGACGGUCGAGAACUCGAGUUUAUCCACAAGACCAAGGUAGAGGAGCCGCCCACGGCCCUCCUCGCCUUCCAGGGAAGACUGGUCGCUGGUGUCGGCAAGACGUUGAGGAUUUACGAUCUCGGUCAAAAGCAAAUGCUUAGAAAAGCGCAGGCCGAUGUUGCCCCGCAGCUUAUCGUGUCACUAAGCACACAAGGCAGUCGAAUCGUCGUGGGAGAUGUCCAGCAGGGCGUGACUUACGUCGUCUACAAGGCUCUGUCCAACAAGCUGAUCCCCUUCGUUGAUGACACGGUCGCGCGCUGGAUGACCUGCACGACGAUGGUCGAUUACGAAUCCGUCGCUGGCGGCGACAAGUUCGGCAACAUCUUUAUCGUGCGCGCGCCUGAAAAGGCCAGCCAGGAGGCCGAUGAAGAGGGAGCGGGCCUGCAUCUAACGAACACGAGGGAUUAUCUCCACGGCACACCUCACCGACUGAGCCUCGUCAGCCACUUUUACUCGCAGGACGUUCUCACGAGCAUUACCAAGACCAGCCUCGUGGUCGGAGGUCAAGAUGUGUUGCUCUGGAGCGGCAUUAGCGGCACAAUUGGCGUGUUCAUCCCCUUUGUCACCCGCGAGGAUGCAGACUUCUUCCAAACCCUGGAGCAGCACCUUCGGACAGAAGACGCGCCUCUGGCGGGCCGCGACCAUCUCAUGUAUCGUGGCUACUACGCGCCUGUGAAGGGCGUCAUAGACGGCGACCUCUGCGAGAGGUAUACGCUGCUGCCGAACGACAAGAAGCAGAUGAUUGCGGGUGAGCUGGACCGCUCCGUGAGGGAGAUCGAGAGGAAGAUCUCGGAUAUUCGCACUCGCUCUGCAUUCUAA